GGCUCUGUGUGUCAGCUGAUCCUCCUGCACUGGGCGAGGAGAAUUAGCAGCAGGAAAACAUUGUUGCUGGCUAGUUAAACCAUGGCUGCGGAGAUCCAUUCGAGGCCUCAGAGCGCCAGGCCAGUUCUUCUGAACAAAAUCGAGGGACACUCAGACGUUGUCACAGUUGCCGUUUUAAUCCCGAAGGAAGAUGGAGUGAUCACUGUCAGCGAAGACAGAACCAUCCGGGUGUGGCUAAAGAGAGAUAGCGGUCAGUACUGGCCAAGCAUCUACCACACAGUCUCCUCUCCCUGCUCAUGUAUGUCAUAUCACCAUGACAGUCGACGUAUCUUCAUCGGCCAGGACAAUGGUGCGGUUGUGGAGUUUCUCAUCUCUGAAGAUUUCAACAAGAUGAACCAUGUGAAAACAUAUCCAGCUCACCAGAACCGGGUUUCAGACAUGGUGUUUACCCUGGAGAGCGAGUGGGUUGUGAGCACCGGCCAUGACAAGAGUGUGAGCUGGAUGUGCACCCAGAGUGGAAGCAUGCUCGGCAGACACUAUUUCACUUCAUGGGCCUCCUGCCUACAAUAUGAUCAUGAGACUCGGCACGCCUUUGUUGGCGAUUACUCGGGGCAGAUUACACUGCUGAAGCUGGAGAGGCAGACAUACUCCAUUAUCACCACACUGAAGGGCCAUGAAGGUAGCGUAGCAGCCUUGUGGUGGGACCCUGUCCAGAGACUGUUGUUCUCGGGUGCCUCUGACCACAGUGUUAUCAUGUGGGACAUAGGAGGGCGCAAAGGACGAACCUUACUGUUGCAGGGACACCAUGAGCGUGUCCAGGCACUGCGCUACCUCCAGUUGACCAGGCAGCUGGUGUCGUGCGCAGCUGAUGGAGGCAUAGCAGUGUGGAACAUGGACACAAAAAGAGAAGAGGCACCUCAGUGGUUGGAAAGUGAUUCCUGCCAGAAGUGUGAGCAGCCUUUCUUUUGGAAUGUCAAGCAGAUGUGGGACACUAAAACCCUGGGGCUCAGACAGCACCAUUGCAGGAAAUGUGGCAUAGCUGUGUGUGGUAGAUGUAGUUCCAAACGCUCCACGUUCCCAGUGAUGGGCUUUGAGUUUCCAGUGCGGGUGUGUGACACCUGUUUUGACUCAAUCAAAGAAGAAGAUCGCACACCAUUGGCCACAUUCCAUGAGGGGAAACACAACAUUGCCCACAUGGACAUGGACCCAUCCAGAGGCCUGAUGGUCACCUGUGGAAGUGAUCGCAUUGUCAAGAUCUGGGAUGUGACGCAGGUGGUUGGCUGUAGCUUAGCAACAGGCUUCUCUCCGCGCUGAUUGGUCAAGUCACUCCUCUGGUGUCAUGGAAACCCCUCUGUACAGUGCAUCAUCGCCAUCAUGCCUGGACUCUGCAGCAGGAUGUGCACAUGUGCGUGCGUGUGUGAGUGAAUGCCAGUAGCAUAGGUCUGAUGUGCAUUUUUUUUUGUUUUCCUUGAUCCUUUUCACUCCUAUUCAUAGUGAUGAGUGUGUGUGCACCUGACCCCGCACAGAGCACAAAGCACAAUGGUGUGUGCAUGUGAAUGUGUGCAUGCCCCCCUUAUGGGAAGAGUGUCAAUGUUAGUGUUUACGUUUAAUAUUUCAGUUUUUUUUUUGACAAACGUUGACAACGGUCAGUUGAUUAUGAUUUCAUUUUUUUUAUCCUUGUACUGUAAUCUUCAUCAAUUCAUGACCUGCCACACUUGUAAAAACAUACACAUGCUUCCGUCGCAUAUUUUUGCAGUCCACUAACUGUCUUACUCUGUAACAUGUAUAGAAACAGCACCUGUAUACACAUCUGCUUUAUGUUUAAAGUGAAAAUAGUUGUUUGGAAUGACUUUCUAAUCCCAGUUAUCAGUUCCCACCGUAACCUUUUUUUCUGUCUUUUUCACCAGAAGGCCUUAAAAUCACUCUCAGGAGGUUUUACAUCAAUGGGUUAUCAGUGGGCGGGGCUCUUCAUAAUCUGUGUUACUCCAACCUUUUAGUCAACACAACCAUUCAAGUGUGUGAAUUAGCCAUAAAUCAUAUCUUAAGUACAUUUCCAAAUGACGCUGUGUACGCAGUGGUGCAGCUGCUCUGAUGCUGACCCACCCUUCCAAGGGUUGAUCCCAAGUGAGGCAAGAAAACCUACUACGUUGCUAUAGCAACAGAUCAUUGCAAAAUCUAACACUGUUUGGUAGCAGCAUUAAAAAUGCCUUUGCUAAGGUCGAGAAAUCGUCUGUUGAAUGAAGUGUUGAGUAGAGAAAUUUCACUGCUUGCAGGUAGACAGACACGUGACAAUUAUGGAGAAAACUCCAAUGCCUUUCGAGAGUUACGAGUAAAAUAAAUGUAUUGAAUCUCAAUUGGAUUUUUACCUCCAAGGCACAAUGGACAGCUGCUAGAAUUUCGUUAAACACUAAAUGCUACACAUAAGCUUUGUUCCCACUGUAUCAGGCAUGUCAAAAUGCCUAAAAGACAGAAGGGCGCACUUGGGAUUGUCCCCAUGCACUCGCUCAAUGAAUUUCUGGAUGUUUCCUAUUUUGGUUUGUUCAUCCCUCCUUCCCCCACACGUGUGUAAUCAAGGAUUCCACUUUGCAGGGAACUCAUCCCGACACUCGGUGAAAGAAUAGUUUUGAUUUGUGGCGCUCCUAUAAGUGGUGGCUGAUUUGUGCUUGCUUAUGUUGGAUGCCUGCCUUCUAUGGUUCUAAAGUAAACACCAUAUAUUCCUGAUCACAUUCCACUUUUUGAUGUAGUGUAUAUUUAUAUAUGCAGUAAAGUAUUUAUUAUCUGUGUAAA